AUGGCAACCUCUCCUUCUGCACUGCUUCCGCUCCUCGUCCUUGCCGUCAUCUGCGCGGUCGCCACGGCUCACGUGGCGGCAGGCGAGCACGCGGAUCGCCGGAAUGUGCGCGUGCAAGUGAGAGGGACGAGCAGCACAGGGACUGCGAGGAGGAGCCUGCAAAGCGAGAGCACGACGGGAGGCCGUGGGAAUGCCAGCACGCCAUUGGAGUUGGGGGUGGAGGGGGUGCAGGGGGGGAACAGCACGGGCGGAACCGUUUCUCCUGUUGCUUCCAUCACAGACGCAUGCGCUUCGAUGGAUUGUGGGGCCAACGGCAAGUGUGGCAAGGAUGAUGCAGGGGUAGCAACCUGUUCCUGUGCCACGGGCUUUAAAAAACUUUCCAAUGGCACUUGUGCUGACAAAUGCGCUUUGAUGGAUUGUGGGGCCAACGGCAAGUGUGGCAAGGAUGAUGCAGGGGUAGCAACCUGUUCCUGUGCCACGGGCUUUAAAAAACUUUCCAAUGGCACUUGUGCUGACGAAUGCACUUGGAGGAAGUCUGAGGGCAAAUUGAAGUGCGAAGUAAUGGGGGCGAAAACAAAAUACUGUGGCUGCAGGCAGGGCUUUGAGAAGUGUGACUAUACUGCUUGUGAAGAAUCGCUUUGCUCGAACUUGGGCUGCGCGUCUCUUGGUGGGAGAUGUGUUAGGAGCAUGAUAGGACUCUACAGCUGCCAAUGGGCCUCGCCUUGUGGCAACUGCCCCGAUUUUGCCACGUGCAAAAGCUUUAUGUCGGAAAAAUACAAGGCUACAAUUCAAUACUGUGUGUGCCCUUACGGCUACGGGAUGACUGAGAACGGUUGCGUCAUGGAUUACAAGCACAUGAUGGCAGCAGCGAGUUUUACGUUCAUUCAGGAUCCCUGGGCGAAUGACAAGGCCUCCCGGCCGUUCACAGUGCGGGCCUCUUACGGGGGGUGCAUGCAGCUACCCAGGGAGGUGGCUGGGAAGUACCGCGCUCGAUCCAGCGUGUUCAACAUAGCGGACGGCACGCCGCGCUGCAAAGCUAUCAAGUUCUACGACGGCAACAACUGUGAAGGGAAUGUUGUGAAAGGGGGGGAUCCUACCUCUCCUGAUUUUGCAUUUUAUGCUGAGUCAAAAUCUGGGACAGAUAAUUCAUCCUUGCUUUCAACGAUCAGGUCCAUCUGGUGCGAGACUGAAUAG